GUCGAAGCUUCAGAAUCUCCUGAACACACCAAACCAAAUCGCAGCUCGGCCGCCUUUCGUUCCGCUCAAGCCAUUGAGCGCUGGCUUUGACCAGCCCUCGUCAGCAAGAUGGCGGGCCCUUACCUAGGGGCACGACACGCUCUUUCAGCCAUCCUUCGACCCAUUUCACGCCAGCAUUGCCGUCAACAGCCCAGACUGAGCAACCAACCCCAGCGUCGCCUCGCAUCCACAACCUCCCCAACAACCCCCGUCCUCUCCCGCGCACGAACCAUUCUCAUAAGCAGCACACUCGCCACCUCGCUCUUUGCAGCCUACUACUACGCGACCGACACGCGCGCCUCGCUGCUACACCGCUGGCUGAUCCCCCCGCUGCUGCGGCUGAUCUUCCCCGACGCCGAAGACGCCCACCACGCCGGCACCGCCGCGCUCAAGGCGCUGUACUCCCUCGGCCUGCACCCCCGCGAGCGGCCCGCCUCCCCCGCAAAAGAGCAAUCGCAACCCCCGCUCUCCGUCACCGUCUUUGGCACGACGCUCGCAAACCCCAUCGGCAUCUCGGCGGGGCUAGACAAAGACGCCGAGAUCCCCGACGCGCUCUUCGCGCUGGGCGCGGGCGUGGUCGAGGUGGGCGGGUGCACCCCGCUGCCGCAGGAGGGGAAUCCGCGCCCGCGCGUGUUCCGCGUCCCCGCCGUCGACGGAAUGGUCAACCGCUACGGGCUCAACUCGCGCGGGGCCGACGCCAUGGCCGCGCGCCUGCGCGAGCGGCUGCGCAGGUUUGCACUCAGCUUGGGAUUGACGGAACGCGAGAUGCUCGAUGGCGCGGUUGAGGGUGCCGGUGUUCCGACGGGGAGUCUGACGCCCGGCCGUCUGCUGCUCGUGCAGAUUGCUAAAAAUAAGAAGACGGAUGAGCGGGAUGUCAAUGCGGUGAUUAGGGACUAUGUGCAUUGCGUGACGCGGUUGGCGCCGUAUGCUGAUGUGUUGGUGGUCAAUGUCAGUAGUCCAAACACUCCUGGUCUCAGGGACCUGCAGGCGGCGGAGCCGCUGGCGAGGUUGCUCAGUGCCGUGGUAAACGAGGCCAAGCGGACGGAUAGGAAAACCAAGCCGAGGGUCAUGGUCAAGGUUUCGCCAGACGAGGAUGAUGAUACCCAGAUGGAGGGCGUCGUGCAGGCCGUGUGGAUGAGCGGAGUGGAUGGGGUCAUUGUGGGCAACACGACCAAACGGCGCACUGGGCUCGUCCCGCAGGGGGUGAAGCUGAAUAGCAGGGAGCAGAAGGCACUGAUUGAGGAAGGGGGCUUCUCGGGGCCGGCCAUGUUUGACCGGACACUGGACCUCGUGGGAAGGUAUCGCAAGAUGCUCGAUAGUUACUCGCUCAAGUCUGCUGAGGCGGAUAACGUGCUUGCUCCGCAAAAGGUCAUCUUUGCGACGGGAGGCAUCACAACUGGCGAGCAGGCCCUGAAGGUCCUGAACGCUGGCGCGAGUGUGGCCAUGGUUUACACAGGACUGGUCUAUGGUGGCUCCGGCACCAUUACGAGGAUAAAGAACGAGAUGAGGGAGAAACUUGCGAUAAAAGCGGCGUGA